GGUAGCUGAUUGGUCAGUAAAAAUACUGGAGGACAUUUUUGAACUGGAAAAUAAUAGUUAUUGUUUUAUGUUGUUAUACAGUGAUUUUAAUUCUUAAUUUAUCAUUUUAAGAAUCAUCAAGAACUUAACAAAAUAUUAUUGGGUUUUUAAAUUGCAUUAAAGGAAAAUAAAACAUAUUGAAAAUGAGCCACUAUUCGGCUUUAAAGGGAUAUUAUCAUGUCAGGGAAACUAUUGGAUCCGGCGGUUUUGCUAAGGUCAAAUUAGCCUACCAUAAUUUAACAGGCGAUAAAGUGGCAAUUAAAAUUAUGGAUAAACGACAACUAGGAGAAGAUUUGCCAAGAGUAAGAACAGAGAUAGAUGCCAUGAAAGUUCUAAGCCAACAACAUAUUUGCAAGUUGUAUCAAGUUAUUGAAACUGAAGAAAAGUUUUUUAUGAUUCUAGAAUAUUGUCCUGGAGGAGAACUCUUUGAUUAUAUUGUUGCAAAAGAUAGACUUUUAGAGGAAGAAGCUCGAGGAUUCUUUCGACAAAUUGCAUCUGCAGUUGCCUAUAUUCAUGACAAAGGCUACGCUCAUCGUGAUUUAAAACCUGAAAAUUUACUAUUAGAUGAGGAUCAACAUUUAAAAAUGAUCGACUUUGGUUUAUGUGCAAAACCACAGGGUGGCAUGCAAAGACAUUUAGCAACAUGUUGCGGAAGUCCAGCUUACGCUGCACCAGAGCUUGUCGCUGGACAGGAAUAUUUAGGCAGCGAAGCUGAUGUCUGGAGCAUGGGUGUACUCUUAUACGCCCUUUUAUGCGGUUUUCUACCGUUUGAUGAUGAUAAUAUAGCAAAUUUGUACAAGAAAAUACAGUCUGGAAAAUACGACGUUCCUAAAUGGUUGACGAGGGAAAGUGUUAAAUUACUAGACGAUCUUUUACAAGUUGAUCCAAAGAAGCGAAUACCAAUAAAGCAUUUACUUUGUCAUCCUUGGUUAUUAACUGGUUAUGAUGUGCCAGUUUCUUUCAAGCCGAAACAUAAGAAACGUUACAUCGAUGAAGAUUGUUUAACUGAAUUAUCUGUAUUCUAUAAUCGGAGACGAGAGGAUUUGAAAAGAGAAAUAAAUGAGUGGAAUUAUGACUAUUUGACUGCAACCUAUUUGUUGCUUUUAAAUAGAAAGCAUAAGAAGCGUCCCAUUAGACUGAUUUCUCAACAUAGACUUCUCGAUAACUCUCGAUGUAAUCCGGAAACUCCUGUUUUUGAAAAUUCUGGACAUGAUCUAUUCAAGCAGCCUGUAACUCCUUCUACUCUCACGAAAAGCAGUAGAAGGAAAGAUAAGGAAAAUGUUAAUAGAACACCUAAGAAUAGAAGACCUGUUACUGUUGGACAAAGUCCACCAUUAUCAACUAAGAAGAAAAAGCAAUGUACACCACCAACAUCCCAAUAUGGUCUAGAUUUAAUAGGAACACCUAUGACUCCCAUGUCAAAGCAAGAAAUAGAAACUCGAGUUUUUAACCAAACUCUAUCACCUUCAAGAAGUAUGGAUUCCCAAUUAAAUAAUCUAAGCGUAAAUAUGGCUUUGCAAACUCCAGUUAGCGCUAAAGAGAGGAAUUCACCACGACGAAAAGCUGGUAAAUCUCCAUUAGAGCAAAAUCAUGGAAGUGGAUCGAUUGACACCGAACUCGAUAGAAUCCAUAUGUCAAUUGGAACACCUAAAAGUCAAAAGAAAUCUGUUCUUGGUUCAAUUGAACGUGGUAUUGAUAGAAUGAUAACUAUGUUAACACCUAAGAAACGACAUCCUUCAAAUUCAGAUCAACCUAGAAAAGUUAAGGCUAUCUACAAUGUCUCUAACACGUGCCAACACAGCGCCGAUGUUGUUUUGGAAAGACUUAAGACCGUUUUAAGAGAAAGGAAUUUACCAUAUAAACAAAUUGCGUAUGACUAUUUUUCUCAACUGUCAUUUCAUAUUAAUGGAACAAUAUAUUUCUAAUAUUAAUUAUAGAUGUUAUACCCUACGAUGUUCUAUGGCUGAUGAUUGGGGCAAAGUUCAACUCGCUUUCAAUUUGGAAGUCUGUCAGAUACAGAAAAUGAAUGUUGUGGGAGUUCUAAGAAAACGGGUCAAGGGUGAUACCUGGCAUUAUAAAAGACUGUGCGAAGAUAUAUUGAAAGCUGCUGAACUUUGAAAACACUUUUUUUUUAAAAGACAAAUCUUUUUUAGAAUUAUUUCUCCUACUCUAUUGAUCCUACUACUCCCUCCCAGCCUCCCUGUCCUCCUCUUUUUUUGCCUUUUUUUUAACUAUCAUCUCCAUUUGUAAUUUAUACAACUCACAGUUACCUUUUGUUAUAAAAAAAACCUACACCAAUUGAAAAUUUGAAGCUCUUAGAGAGAGAAUAUUUAGUGAAAAAUUUUGUUUUAAAGCUAAAAAAAAAAGAGUCUUUCUAUUAGAGUGUCGAAUAUUUAAAUACAUUGAUCUUAUAACUAGUAAAUAUGCUUUUUUGUUUUCUUGGCGGUAGAUGUCGCCACUUGUGUAGUUGCGAGUGACAAAU